AUGGCACUGUGUGAGGAGCUCAGCUUUAACGUGGAUCAUGGUUACCUGGAGGGUCUGGUUCGAGGAAUGAAAGCUGGGAUUCUGGCUCAGACUGAUUAUCACAAUCUGGCUCAGUGUGACACACUUGAGGAUAUGAAGCUGCACCUUCAGAGUACAGACUACGGUAAGCUGCUGUCCUCCUCCGAGGGAGAUUUGACUGUGUCUCUGCUGGACAACAAGCUGAGGGAGAAUCUGGUGACUGAAUUCAGCUGCCUGCGCUCCAAUGCCCUGCCACCUCUCUCCACCUUCCUUGACUAUAUAAGUUACAGCUACAUGAUCGACAAUGUGGUGAUGCUGAUCACCGGGGCCCUGAAGAAGAAAGAUGUGUCAGAGCUGCUCCCACGGUGUCACCCACUGGGAGCUUUUGACCAAAUGGCUGCCGUGGGCAUUGCUCGCACUCCAGCUGAAUUGUACUCAACCAUCCUGGUGGACACACCACUAGCUCAGUUUUUCCAGGAUGCUGUAUCUGAGUCCAACCUGGAUGAAAUGGAGGCUGAGAUCCUGAGAAACAAACUGUAUAAGGCAUACUUGCAGUCUUUCUACUCUUUCUGCAAGAGCAUGGGCGGCGUCACAAAGGAUGUAAUGUGCCCUGUCCUGGAGUUCGAGGCGGACAGGCGGGCCUUCAUCAUCACAGUGAACUCCUUUGGGACAGAUCUCACCAGAGCAGACCGGAGUGCCCUGUAUCCAUCUUGUGGUAAACUUUACCCUGGAGGACUGCAACUCCUGGCCCAGGCAGAGGACCAUGAACAGGUCAAAGCUGUGGCCGACUGUUACCCAGACUAUAAAAAGAUUUUUGAUGACCCCGAGCCAGGAUCAGAUUUUAAGACUCUUGAGGACAGAUUCUUUGAACAAGAGGUGAAGCUGAACAUACUCGCUUUCCUGCAGCAGUUCCACUUUGGAGUAUUUUACUCUUACAUCAAACUUAAGGAGCAGGAGAGUCGGAACAUUGUGUGGAUUGCUGAAUGUGUCACACAAAGGCAGAAGUCAAAGAUACACAACUACAUACCCAUUUUCUAGGGAACAAAUUAACUAAGCAACAAGGAGUAACAUGUAUUUAACAUACAUGAUAAACACAUGUAUUUGCAUGCCUAAGCAAGUAUGAUUCAGUGAGGAUUAAAAUCAGUCUUCAGCAUCAUCACUGCUUAUACUACAAACCACAGAAAACACAUGAGCCUUAGUAUUACACUGUUAGCACAGUUUUUGUUCAUGUGUAUUGAGUGUUACAUCGUGAUUGCUUAU